AUGGUGAGCAAUAGCUGCCUUCAAACAGUUAACCUGGAGCAGCAGAUGGCAGUGCAGACGUUCUCAGUCUCCAGCAUCCUCUCUCACAUUUAUUACUUCCGUUGCCAUGACUAUGUGGAGCUGUUGGCACAAGUUCACCUACUGGCCGACUUCCUCGCUGAACAUCCUAAGGUUCGCGUGGUAGUGAUUGACAGCAUUGCGUUUCCAUUCCGUCACGGCUUUGAAGAUCUGUCGCUUCGAACCCGGCUCCUGAACGGGUUGGCUCAACAGCUGAUUGGCAUGGCUAAUGACUACAAGGUGGCGGUCGUUUUGACAAAUCAGAUGACCACUCGGUUUGGACAGGGUCAGUCUAAGAUGGUCCCUGCUUUAGGUGAAAGCUGGGGCCACGCAGCCACUCUGCGCUUGAUUCUUCACUGGGAAGGCAAGCUGAGGUUCGCCUCGCUUUACAAAUCCCCCAGUCAGAGAGAGGCCACAGUGCCGUACCAGAUAACCUCGCACGGGUUCCGUGACAUCCAGCCCCCCGGACCGUUCUCGUCCUCGCCGGUGACAGAGAACCCACGAAAGCGGCCCCGGGCAGAGGAGCAGGAGGAGCAGCACGAAGAGAAACACUCGGCUCCCCCACUGAGAACCAACCAGCGUGUUGUCUAGUCCGGCUGCAGGUUAACCCUAGCUCUGUGUGGUGGACACUGAAUCUACUACCCGGGGUCUUUCAAUCCCAUACUUACCUGGGCAGAGAGAUGUUUCAGAUGGUUUUGAUCUGGUGUGUCCAGAUCCAGAUUGUCAUUUGCCUUGCACUGUGCGGGCCCCUGAUUCCAGAUGGGGGCGAGAGUCUGCUUCAGACCUUUUAUCAGGAAGUGAAAUUAAAUGUUCUUUACAGCUCCCUCUCUCUCUUUCUCUGAACAGUUCCAGAUCUCAGCUGGAUUCCCUCCUCCUCUUUCCUCUAUUCUUUCCUUCUCCCCCUCCCUCCAUCACCACAAUAAGAGAGGAACAGUUUAGAGAAAAGCAGUCAGAGAACCAUUAAAAUAAAAAUAUUAAUAAUUUGUUCACUCAAUCC